AUGGCUUCGUAUGAAGUGCUCGGCAUCGCAGCUCUUGCGCUCGUCUUUGUCAUCCUGCGCACCCUCAACGCCACCGACGUGCCCAAGAUCAAGAAUCUGCCAGAGAUUCCGGGAAUCCCCAUCUUUGGCAAUCUGAUACAGCUGGGCACGGAUCACGCCCGUGUCGCCCGUCGCUGGGCCGCAAAGUACGGCCCCGUCUUCCAAACCCGCCUCGGAAACAAGGGACGUCUACCUCUCAGCGUGCUGGCUCCAAAAAAAACUAACCAUUUCUUUUUGCAGCGCGUCAUUUUUGUCAACUCCUACGAAAGCGUCAAGUACUUCUGGAUCACGCACCAGUCGUCGCUCAUCUCGCGCCCAACCUUCCAUACCUUCCACUCGGUCGUGUCCACAUCGCAGGGCUUCACCAUUGGCACAUCACCAUGGGACGAAUCGUGCAAGAACAGACGCAAGGCUGCGGCAACAGCCCUUAAUCGACCUGCGACACAGUCCUACAUGCCCAUCCUUGAUCUUGAGUCCACUGCUUCUAUCAAAGAGCUGCUCAAUGACUGUGCUGGUGGCACCCGAGAUGUCGACCCCAGCCCGUACAUGGCACGCUUCGCCCUCAACACCUCGCUCACGCUAAACUACGGCUUUCGCAUCGACGGCAAUGUCCAAAGCGAGCUCCUCCAUGAAAUCACCCACGUCGAGCGCGAAAUCUCCAACUUCCGAAGCACCUCGAACAACUGGCAAGACUACGUCCCGCUGCUGCGCCUCUGGAGCAAGCAGAAUACAGAGGCUCAGACAUACCGCGCUCGCCGUGAUGCCUAUCUCACUCGCAUGCUGAACGAUCUCAAAGAGCGUAUCGCCAACGGCACGGAUAAGCCCUGCAUCACGGGUAACAUUCUCAAAGACCCCGACGCAAAGCUCAACCUCGCUGAAAUCAAGUCCAUCUGCCUCACCAUGGUCUCUGCAGGCCUCGACACCGUCCCCGGCACUCUCAUCAUGGGCCUAGCCUAUCUAUCCACCCCCAAGGGCCAAGCGAUACAAGAGAAAGCCCUCGCCGCCAUCAACGAAGCAUACCCCAAGGGCGACGCAUGGGAGAAGUGUCUCCUGGAAGAAAAGGUCCCCUAUGUCACCGCUCUCGUCAAGGAAACACUGCGCUACUGGACCGUCAUUCCCAUCUGCCUCCCUCGCACCAACAUUACCGAUAUUCCCUACGAGGGUACCGUCAUUCCUGCGGGCACAACCUUCUUCAUGAAUGCUUACGCCGCCGACUAUGACGAGGAGCGCUUUAAGAUGGCCUCCGAGUUCCUGCCUGAGCGUUUCCUCAACGACAAGGAGAUUGGCACACCGCACUACGCAUAUGGUGCUGGGUCGCGCAUGUGUGCUGGCUCCCAUCUCGCAAACAGAGAGCUCUUCACGGCCUAUGUGCGCAUUCUUACUGCUUUCCGCAUCGAACAGACUGACGACCUGAGCGCACGACCGCUCAUGGAUGCUAUUGAGUGCAAUGCUCAGCCUACCUCGUUGACAACGGACCCCAAGCCCUUCAAGAUUGCGCUGAAGCCGCGAGACGAAGAGGCUGUGCGACAAUGGAUCAAGGAGUCGGAGGAGCGUACAAAGGACUUGUAA